CACAACCGGGUAGACCAACGACAGACGACUGGACUGACUCAUAGGACAUGCAGUGAUGCAGAGAUAAUAUUUCUCACAUUAAAACGUUGUAUCGAAAUACGGCCAUCUUCCAACCAGGAAAUACUGCACAAUAUGAUUGUGCUUGUUAAUUGAAAAUGUAUCUUCGUGAAAUAAUACUGUUUCGGUAGCCCUAUUCUACGGGAACAUGGCGGAGGCGGUCGUUACAGGAGGUGAGUGUGGCUCAGCUCCGCCUGACGUGACCGACUCGUUCCCUAGCGAGGAAUACGAGUGCACAAUAUGCUACAACUACUUCGACCUGGGCCGCCACACUCCCAAACUGCUGGCCUGCUCCCACACCUUCUGCCAUGAGUGCCUUGACGCUCUGCACCUCCGUGGGGGUCGUGGAUGGAGAAUCGGCUGCCCCGUGUGUCGCCACCGAACUCCGGUGCCGGAGUACCGUGUGCACAACCUCCCCGACAACAGUGCGUUGACUCAGUCGCUCCCGCAUAAAAAUCACGAGCCCUUGGACUCAUCCUUCACAGAUGUCCAGACAGUUUCAGCCGCGUAUUCAGCCACCGCCCAGGAGAGCAACGCCAGCUGUCAGACUUGCAAAGAAGUUGCGUUCAUGACCGGCUGCGUGUGCGCCAUCUUUUCUUUCAUGUCCAUGGUGGUGCUCUUAUUUCUGGGGCUCAUCUUUGUGCAUAACUUCAAUCACACGUCGUGGCCCGUCGGCCCUAUCUGUCUGUUUGUUGCCAGUGUCCUAGCCCCGUUUUCACUCAUCCUCACUUGGUUAAUGUGCAUGUUGAAGUACAGACCUGAAACUGAAGCCAGCAGUUUCCUCACUUAAUGUGAUGUAAUCAUCUGGCUGCGAAUCUGGAUACAAUAGCCAGAUUAGUAUAAUUAAAGGUAAAUGUGUUUAUUUA